UCGGCGCGUCUCCCCAUCCGCCCGCUCCGGGGGCAGGCGCUGAGCCGCCCGCGGCACCCGCAGGUGGAUGCCCGCCGCCCGGCAUGGAGCAGGCCUGCGAAGUGAGCCGCCGCAGCUGCCUCGUCCCCUUCGGCACCUCGCUGUCGGCCGCCGAGCCCAAGGGCGGCCCCUUUGGCGAGGCCCGCGGCCCCGAGCCGCCCGCCAUGCAACUGGCGGCCGCCAAGCCCGGUUACGGCCAGGACCCGUCCUCCUGCUACAUCCCGCUGCGCCGGCUGCAGGACUUGGCUUCCAUGAUCAACGCCGAGUACCUCGGCGGUGCCGCCGACGGCGCUGAGGCCCUGCCCGACCCUGGCUCGCCGGGCUCCCGCCUGCCUGCGGCGCAGGACCCUGCGGCCGAGGUGCCCCGCGGGGCCCGAGCCUUCCCCCUGCUCCUGCGGGACGGUGGAGAGGAGGCGCCGGAGGAGGAGGAGGAGGGCGCCGAGACUCCAGAGGAGGAGGAGGAGGACGACGACGACGACUACGACGACGACGACUACGAGGAAGAGGAGGAGGACGACGACGAGGAGGCGGCGACAGAGCCCGGCCCGCGGAGCCGCGGCCGCUCCACUCCGCAGCGGGGCCCCGACAGCCGCCUGCAGCCGGCCGAGUCCGUGCCGGACGGUGGCCCCGGGGAGCAGCCUGAGUCCUCGGCGGCCCUGCAACUCAUCCAAGCCAAGAAGAAAUCUACUCCAGUGAAGUAUGAAGUUGGGGAUCUUGUUUGGGCCAAGUUCAACAGACGCCCAUGGUGGCCAUGCACAAUUUGUCAUGACCCAGUGCUGGACUGUCACUCAAAAAUGAAAGUUUCCAAUCAGAAACCAUAUCGAGAGUACUAUGUGGAUGCCUUAGGAGAACCUUCAGAGAAAACCUGGGUUCCUGGGAAAGCUAUUGUCCUCUUUGAAGGGAGACAUCAGUUUGAAGAGCUGCCUGUUCUCCGGAAAAGAGGGAAGCAAAAGGAAAAAGGCUACAAACAUAAGGUUCCUCAGAGAUUUAGGGCUAAAUGGGAAGUCAGUGUUGGACAGGCAGAAGACAUUCUUCUUGGGGAGCCAGAGGAUCAGAAGUGUAGCCAGAACUCCAGCGAGCCGGACAGCGAGAAGGACUCACAGUUGGAAUACUACAGCAAUGGCCCUGGAGCAGAAAGGGACACGCAACUGAACGGCUGCUUUAAAUCCUUGGCCUUUGACUCCAGACACGUGGCCGGUGAAAAAGGAAAAUUGCACAUCAAGCCAUUCGUGAAAACAUCCUCAGAAAGCAGAAAAAGGACUAGAGUAAAAAAGAGUGAUGCAAGAGGGGAAACAUCGAGGGAAGAAAUCAAAGACACAACACCAGAGAGCGUAGUUAGAAACGUGAUUGUUGGGGACCUACCAGAGAAACACGCGUCUCACGAGCUCCGCCGGAUUGCCAGCAGCCUGACAGCAUCCAGCAGCACCAGGGAAAACCAUUUGCUUUCCUCCCUUGGAGAAAGAUGUUUUGAAAAGACACCUUUAAAACCGGACUAUGAGAAUUGUAAAAGUGAUGCUCUGAAAAACACCCUCCAAGGGGAUUUGUUUUCCAGCCCGUCUUUUGAGAGAGAGAAGAGCUCCCUGGGCAUUUUGUGCAGUUCCAAGUUACAAAUACACUAUUCUGCAUCUGAUGCUGGUGCUGAGAAAAAACAAACUGAAUCAGAUUCAUCCUCUUCCCUCUCUGAUGGUGGGAACAGUGAUGUAGAUACCAUGGACCAAAGUUCAGAGAGAGCUUCUAGUGCUCUUGAAGUUAGUGAUUCUUCAGAUAAAGUGGAGAAGGACUUUCCUAUGACAUCAAGUGGAAAUAUUAAACUUUCCAUGUAUCUUUCUCAGAAGAGCAGCAGAAGGGCCAAGAAGAAGUCACACAGAGACCGCAAACCUCUGGGAGGUUCAGCAACCAACAGACUUGAUGCUGAAUUUGCAGAUGGGGAGCUUGAAGUAGGUUUCUCUGAUGCUGAGAUGUCAUUGGCACCUCUUGAGUGCUCUACAGAUGUGAGAAAUUACAAUCUUCCCCCAGCAAACAAGCACACUACCCCCCAAAGUGUUUCCAAGGACAGCUCCUGGCCUGCUGUUACAAAUCAAGUAAUCUUGAAACCGAAAAGCUUGAAAUUACCCCGAAUCAGGAGUAUAAAAUGUAAACAUAAAGAAAAGGUUGCUGGGUUGGAGCCUUCUCUUGCAGAAGAGGAGGGUGGUGUGAAUCGCUGCUCUUCAGAUACCAAAGGUUUCUCUGGCCUUCCAAGAGAUUCUCUACAGAGAAGUGGAAAAGUUGAUGGUCAGAAACUGUUAAACAACAUGCAUGAGAAACCCAGGGAUUCUGCUGAAAUUGAAACAGCCGUGGUGAAGCACGUUCUGUCAGAGCUGAAGGAACUGUCAUAUCGGUCCAUGAAUGAUGAUGCCAGUGACUCUGGCACUCCAAAGGCCACAGUACCUUUACUGUUCUCUUCUGCUUCUGGUCAUGGUCGUUUGCCUAUUGAACCAGAUUACAAAUUCAGCACCUUGUUAAUGAUGUUGAAGGAUAUGCAUGACAGUAAGACAAAAGAACAGCAACUGAUGACUGGUCAAAAUAUAGUCCCAUUUCGAAAUACCAGCACAGGUGGUGAUGGUUCUGGAAGCAAUUCUGCAAGUGGUCUCAAGUCUUUGUCUAUUGUAGGUCCCUCUUAUAAAAUAGAAAAAAAUGGAGAUUGUGUCCAGGAAACAGUAACUCCAAACUCGACUAUAAACAACUCCUCAUUUUCACGCAGUCCUCCAACCAAGUUGACAGGGAUUGGUACUGGUAAAAGGGAGCCUGCGAGUGCUGCUGUUUCUGGGACAAAUGGCACAAAUUGCAUGUCCAAACGCAACUGUUCAAAAUCUAAGCAGUCAACAAAGCUUGGAGAUAAAACAGUUUCAAACAGAAAGGACUUAAAACCAGGAGGGCCAAGUAAGUUGCUAAGUCGGUUACCCAGAGAUUCAGGAGAACAUGCAUUCCGUGUGCAAGGUUCAGUUACCAGUCCUCUAGGGAAUGAGGCAGAAGAUACUGAGAGGAAUGAGUGUAUUGAUUUAACAGAGCAUUCAACUGAUGAAGAAUCUGCCUGUUUAUCUGAUGACAAUUUAGGUCGUAUUGGAAGGAGACCUGAAGCUGGUAGAAAUAAUAAGAGCUGCAAUUCUGCUGAAAAUGGGGAGAGUCCAGACUUGGAUUCAGAGGCAAAUAGUGAGAGCUCUCUUGGUGAUGAGUCUAAUGAUAUAAAUCACGUAGCACCCAAAAAGCGAUGGCAGCGUUUUAACCAAAGCAGUGCUAGCUCUAAUAAGCACAUCAGUAGAUCUAGGGAACAAGGAAACUUGGAGAGUGCCUUUGGCCUGAAUUCUCUUGGCUUUUCACUGAAGGGAAAUGAGUGCUUGGGACGUAGGCAUUCCCCUCAUUCAAAGGUGCUUGAGGGAGACCUGGCAGUUCAGGACUUUAAGAAUCGUUUAGACUUAGUUGAUAAACGUUUGAAUGUAUGUGGUAAGCCAAACACCAGUGUGAUGGACUCAGAAACAGAGCUUGGCAACUUUGCUCCCCAGUCUGAAUUCUCUGCACAAGCACAUUCAGAGAGGAAGCGCCUUAGAAAGCCGAGUAAACGGCUUCUGGAAUAUGCAGAAGAAUAUGAUCACUUGUUUGCACCCAAGAAAAAAUCAAAGAAGGGCCAGGAGCAAUUGCAAAAGGUGAAUUCUGUGGCGAGGUCUGAAUUUGAAGGAGGUGUUCCUGCACAAUGCAGUCCUGACAGAGACACCCAGCGGGGGCCAAGUUCUUUGGUUUCAACUCCAUCUUCAACCAAAGAGUCCCCUCCCGUCCUUGAAGCAGAGUGUUCCUUCUCAGAACAAGGAUCCCACUCCACUGAUCCCCCUAAUCAAGCUCCAGGAGGAUCUUCAGAUUUUCCAGAGGUGGUUCUGUCUUCCUCAGAUGCUUCUGAAGUUUCUGCUUCUCCAGAUGCAGAAGAGGGGUUCCUGAAAUCAGGAAACUUCGAAAGCAAGCGUCAAAGGAAGCCUACUAAAAAACUCUUGGAAUCCAAUGACUUGGACACUGCCUUUAUGCCAAAGAAGGAGGAAUGGACUCCCCAAAAGAAGGGUACUGGCCCUUCAGAGAGUGACAGCUCUGAGCUCUACUCACCAGCCCACUUCCAGGACCUGGGAGAAGCUUCUGAAAAGCUCUUGGAGAAACAGCGGAAGCGGAAGAGACAGCGCCAUACCUCUGCUGCAGUCCAUUCCAAGAAGGAGAAAAAUGAGGAGGGGCUGGGGGAGACCCCACACUCUGAGGGGGAGACAUCGAUUCAUGGGACUGCUGCAAGCCCUAAAGAGGGUCAUGAGGAGGGGUCAGAGAAUGACCAUGGAGUGCCUUCGUCCAAAAAGAUACAGGGGGAGCGUGGAGGAGGAGCAGCUCUCAAGGAGAAUGUGUGUCAGAUCUGUGAGAAGCCGGGGGAGUUGUUGCUGUGUGAGGCGCAGUGCUGUGGUGCUUUCCACCUGCAGUGCCUUGGGCUCUCUGAGAUGCCAAAGGGCAAAUUCAUCUGCAAUGAGUGUUCCACAGGAGUGCACACCUGCUUUGUGUGCAAGAGCUGCGGGGAGGAUGUGAAGCGGUGCUUGCUGCCCCUCUGUGGGAAGUAUUACCACGAAGCCUGCAUACAGAAAUACCCACCCACAGUCAUGCAGAACAAGGGCUUCCGCUGCUCCCUGCACAUCUGCAUGACCUGCCAUGCUGCUAACCCAGCAAACAUCUCUGCCUCUAAAGGUCGCCUGAUGCGCUGUGUGCGGUGCCCGGUCGCGUAUCACUCCAACGAUUUCUGCCUCGCCGCCGGCUCCGUGGUCCUGGCCUCCAACAGCAUCAUCUGCCCCAACCACUUCACUGCACGCAGGGGCUGCCGCAACCACGAGCACGUCAACGUCAGCUGGUGCUUUGUCUGCUCAGAAGGGGGCAGCCUUUUAUGCUGCGAGUCGUGCCCGGCUGCGUUUCACCGUGAGUGUCUAAACAUUGAGAUGCCAGAGGGAAGCUGGUAUUGUAAUGAUUGCAAGGCAGGCAAAAAGCCACACUACAAAGAAGUAGUCUGGGUGAAAGUUGGGCGCUACAGGUGGUGGCCAGCUGAGAUUUGCCAUCCUAGAACAAUUCCUGUCAACAUCCAGAAAAUGAAACAUGACAUUGGUGAGUUCCCUGUGCUGUUCUUUGGCUCCAAGGACUACCUGUGGACCCACCAGGCUCGUGUGUUCCCUUACAUGGAAGGCGAUGUCAGCAGCAAAGACAAGAUGGGGAAGGGCGUGGAUGGCAUAUACAAAAAAGCUCUUCAGGAAGCUGCUGUGAGAUUUGAAGAGUUGAAGGCACAGAAGGAACUGAGACAACUUCAGGAAGACAAAAAGAAUGACAAGAAACCUCCUCCUUACAAACACAUCAAGGUGAACCGGCCGGUGGGGAAGGUGCAGAUCUUCACUGCAGACCUGUCUGAGAUACCGCGCUGCAACUGCAAACCCACGGACGAGAACCCCUGCGGCCUGGACUCCGAGUGCAUCAACCGCAUGUUGCUCUACGAGUGCCACCCCAUGGUGUGUCCUGCUGGGGAGCGCUGCCAGAACCAGUGCUUCUCCAAACGCCAGUACCCCGAGGUGCAGAUCUUCCGCACGCUGGCCCGAGGCUGGGGCUUGCAGGCCAAAACUGACAUCAGGAAGGGUGAAUUUGUUAAUGAAUAUGUUGGGGAGCUAAUUGACGAAGAGGAGUGCCGAGCCCGAAUCCGCUAUGCUCAGGAGCAUGACAUUACCAAUUUCUACAUGUUGACACUGGAUAAGGACCGAAUCAUUGAUGCUGGGCCAAAGGGCAACUAUGCUCGGUUCAUGAAUCACUGCUGCCAGCCCAACUGUGAGACACAGAAAUGGUGUGUGAAUGGUGACACUAGGGUCGGGCUCUUCGCACUUGUAAAUAUCAAAGCUGGGACUGAGCUGACUUUCAACUACAAUCUGGAGUGUUUGGGAAAUGGAAAGACUGUUUGUAAAUGUGGUGCCCCAAACUGCAGUGGCUUCCUAGGAGUAAGGCCUAAGAGCCAGCCCAGCCUCAGUGAGGAGAAGUCCAAGAAGCUCAAGAGGCGGCCGCAGAUGAAGCGCAGGUCGCAGGCGGAGGUGAUGAAGGAGCGGGAGGACGAGUGUUUCAGCUGUGGGGACGGAGGGCAGCUGGUCUCUUGUAAGAAGUCAGGCUGCCCCAAGGUGUACCAUGCUGACUGCCUCAACCUGACCAAGAGACCUGCAGGAAAGUGGGAGUGCCCAUGGCAUCAGUGUGAUGUGUGUGGUAAGGAAGCAGCUUCAUUCUGCGAGAUGUGCCCCAGGUCCUUCUGCAAGCAGCACCGGGAAGGAAUGCUCUUCAUCUCCAAGCUGGAUGGACGAUUAUGCUGUACAGAGCAUGAUCCCUGUGGGCCUCACCCUCUAGAACCAGGAGAAAUUCGUGAGUAUGCACGUCCCAUAGAAGGCCUGACUAACGGAGAGGACACUCAGCCACCAGAGCAGCUGCCUGCAGAAACAGAGGCAGACACAGACUUGAGUGUUCAGCCCCUGGACAGCCUACCUCAGCCUGUGGCCCUCAGACUGCAGUCACCAGAAAAACCCCCUGCCACCCUAGCGCUGAGGCUGCCUUCUACAGACAAACCCCCCACCACCCUUGCCCUGAGGUUGCAGCCAUCAAACAAGCCCCCCACCACCCUGGCCCUCAGGCUACCUUCACCAGACAAACCACCUGCCACCCUGGCUCUGAGACUGCCACCGUCUAAUAAACCCCCCGCCACCUUGUCACUGAGGCUGAAGCCAUCCAACAAACCUUCCACUACCCUCUCGCUCCGGCUUCAGCCUUCAGACAAACCUCCCACCACCCUGUCACUUCGCCUGCAGCCAUCAGACAAGCCCCAGGCUGCCCUGUCCCUCAGGCUGCAGUCAGAGAAGCAGCCCAUCAUUGUAGCGCUGCGGCCUCAGCAGCCCGACAAACCUCCCAGCAACGCGGUGCUCUGGCCACUGGACGAGUCCUCCAGUGACGCCUCGCAGCCUCAGCUGCCGAGCAAAUCUCCUCCGGGAUCACCGCACUCCGCGUUGGAUGAGUCACUUGUCACUGAUGGUGACCUGCAGCUCCAGCUGACAGAUGAGACUCCUGAUGCCCCCGAGAUUUUGGAGUUAUCAGACAAAUCCCUCAUUGACAGCGGGGCCCAGCAGCCCGAGCUGCUGGAUGAGUUCCCUGUGCAUCCCCCACUGUCUGACGGACUCCUGGCCACGGUGGGGAUGCUGCAGUCCCAGCCAGAGGAUGAACCUCCUGAGGCUGAUCAGCUCCAGCCGUUGGAUGAUUCCUCUGCCCGCAGUCCGCAGCCACAGGCUGUGGAAGAGGCUUCCAGCUCUGUGGUGCCACAGGUCCCAGAGUUGGAGAUGGCUUCCAGUCCUGAGGUGCUGUGGUCUGUUUCUGUUGAAAAAGCCCCAGACUCCCCAGUCUCACAGAUCCUGCCCUCAGAGAAGGCUCCUGGAUCAGCAGUACCACAAUCCCUGCCUCUAGAACAGGCUUCCUUCUCUGGAGCAGUGCGGGUCCCAGACACAGAGAAGUCUCCCAGCUCUGAGUCACCCCAUCCCCUGCCUCCAGAGAAGGCUGCUGUUUCGGGUAUGCCUCAGAUCCUGCCCACAGAGAAGGGUCUCAGCUCAGGAGCCCUUCGGAUCCCGCUCACACAGAAGUCUCUCUCCUCCCCCCGGGUGCUGCAACCCCUUCCUCCAGAGAAGGCUGCAGACUCUGGGGCCCUGCGGGUUCUUCCUUUGGAAAAGCCUCUCAGCUCCGGGGUGUCUCGGCCUCUCACUCUUACAGCCCCGUGGCCUCAGGCAUCGGAUAAGUUGGCUGCUGCUGUGGCUCCUCGGCCCCAAGCCUUGGACAAGCCUCUAGCUGCGUCAGCUCCGAGGCUGUUGCUGUCGGAGAAGGCGCUGCGUCCCGUCGACCAGAACGCUCAGCUGAAGGAGAGAGGAGCCCCAGCUGUGGAGCUGAGUCCCCAGCAGAAAGAGAGGACCAUGUUAGCUGGGGAGCAAAUCUCUUGGUCUGCUGGGAAGGCAGUGACACACGUCGGACAAGUACCUUGGCCUACGGAGAAACUACAGACACAUGAGCAAAGCCACUGGUCCGCCACAAAAGCCCCUGCGGAGCAGCCUUCCCGGACAGCAGAGAAACUACCCGAGCCAACCCUUCAGCCCAGCUGGGAAGUGGCCUCAGCCGCCUCAGAGCAGACCCCGUGGACAUCAGAGAGAUUGUGUGCAUUCGAGCAGACCCCUCGGCCAGCCAGGGAAGCACCUGUGCCCCCGGAGCAGAUGCAGUGGCUUGUCGAGAACAUUCAGACAAUUGACCAGAUUGCUUGGCUGAGUGGAAAACUACAGACUCCUCGGGGGCAGGACCCUUUGCCUGAACAAAACACAGCGCUAGCCCGUAACCAGGAUUCUGUCUGUCGUGAGUUGGCUGACUCAGAGCCAAAGUGAGGUUGGUGAAUAUGGGAGGCAGGUUUCAGUCGUUUAAUGUUUAGGGAGGGGGAAUCUUUUGUUUUUUUUAUUCACUUCCCUGAGCCCAGCCCCUAACCCAUGCACAUCCCAUCCAUAUUCUCUUGUGACAUGAGCAAGGACAUUCUCUUAAAUCUGAGUCUGGCCCAGCCAAAGGGAGAGAGCAUCCGUGACCUUUUCCUCUUCCUUUUACAAAUGGUAAAGCUGAAAUAAAGAGUCCACUCUGGGUAAAAAUCUCCAAUUCCAUUGAAAUGGUCACAUUACUGAUCCAACGUGUUCAAGCUCCAGGUUUGAUUCAUAGGUGGGUUCCCAGGCACAGCCAGGGGUCUUGCUCUUGUUACUACAUUUAAAGAAAGUGGAUCAGUCAGGCUGCCCUGGCACUGGAGAUGUUUCAGGGAUCACAUGGUGAGCACUCGGGUGUGUGUCCUUGCCAGACUUCAGAAACAGGAAAGGGAUUUUAUGUCACCUGCCCCGGUCUCUGUCCCUGCAGGGCGUUGCUUUACGAGGUUUGUCCAUGUGUUCACUGGGACAUGCUGUGUGUGGCUUGCAAAAGGACAGGGAUCGUCUCCAGUGAGAUGGGAGUGGAGCUCCUGCACUCACUCAGUGCAGUUUUCCCCAGCAAUAGGCAGUAUCCAUUCAGGCUCCUUUUUUACAGAGCUGUGACUGGCCAGGCCCAAGAAGCAGGAAAUCUGGUGGAAGUCAGGGAAAAGAGAGAUUUUGGAAGAAGUCAUCUGGCAGUUUUUUCAUUCUUGUGUCUUAAUCCUUUAGCACAGGACACACGGAGUGUUUUCCUCCACUUGACAGCGUAGUGACCCAUAAAGCAGCAAUAGCAGAGCAGAGCGGGUUCUUGGAGGUGCUGAGCGCUGCCCUGCCAGGGGGACAAUGCUCCCUUUCAAAUUUCCAUCCAGUCUCUUCUAGACCUCUGCUGUCAGCGUGAGCCAGCGGACUGAGCAGUCCUUUCUCCCUUUGCCUCAGAUGUGUUCAGAACGUGUUCCCAUCACACCUGGUGUUGCCAGCAGCAAGCCAAGCCUGUCCUGCUCGCUGCACAGCACGGAGGCAAGGGUGCCCUAGCUGAAUCGGGACCCAUCUCAACACCUUCCCCUUGUGUAGCUUCUGGCUUAACUCUUCUACAACCAAAGGAGACUUGAAUUAACUGGACCAUGUUGGUGUGCAUGUGUGUGCGCGCGUGUGCGUCCAUCCAACUGAAUUGUAGUUCUCACACUGGAACACAGUGGGCUCCAGCAGCUGGCUGGCUUUCUUUUUUCCUCUUCUCCUUUUUACAGUGAAGGCAAUGUUAAGUACCUGGUGGUCAUCAGGCUGGUGUCCAUGCUAGGCCUGCUGAAAGCCAUUCACUCAAGUGUUGAGGCAGAAGUUGGCUUGGCUGUGGUUCUCAUGGGGCAGGCAGUAGAGUCCCAGGGACCUGCAGCAUCUUGUGACCACCAGCACCCUUGCAGGCAGGAGGAGGACAGACCUCCUUUGGUGGCACUGCCUGGCCUGGAGAGGGUUGGUGUCCUGCCAAGGAAACGCUGCUGCCCAGCUUUUUCCCACUCUCACAACACAUUACCUCUGUAAUUACCUGAACUCCACCGAUCUGGGGCCGCAGCCUCGGAUCUCCGUGCCACCGCCAGACCCUUGCACAGCUCCAGUGUGUGUAUCCUUCUCCUUGCAGGCAGAUCCACAGGCCCUCCCCAGGAAGGGAGAGUUCAGCCCCAUUCUGGCCUCCUUCCUCCAGCAUGGGAGCAGGUCCUUGUUCCCACCUGGCUUGCAAGUGCCUGCUGUUCCCAGAGCAGACGGUCACGAGCCUUGCAGUUUUCUAUGAAGGGAGGCAGACACCUGUACCAAGACAAAUCCUGAUCCGUUCUCCUUUCCUGUUGUGUGCACCCCAAGAUAACGUCCUGCUGUAAAGGCUGGGUGUGCUGGCCACAAGGGGACAUUACCAGUGCUAUGGUGCAUCUUUUCUUUAGUCCAAAUCAUUUCAAAUCCUUUGUAGAAUAGCUCACGACUUGGAAAAGCUUUAUGGCUUAUGGAAACUUACUUGUUUAAUGUUGUUGUUUUUUUUUUUUUUUUCCGGGAAGACUGGCAGGUCAGUUCCUGCUUGCUGCUGAAACUAGGGAAAUGCAAGCAGCUUGCAUUCCUGCGUGACUCCUCCACAAAGGGAAUCAGGACAACUCAGAUCCAUUGAGAGAGAAGAUUACCUUAAGGGCAUUCAUUAAGGUUUUAAAAAAAAAAAUUUAAAAUUAUGACGUUCAGUAUAUUAAGUAUUUAUCAUGUGUGAGAAGGAAAAUAAAUCUUGAAUUUACAUUUAUAAGCCUUCCCAUGAGCUGGACUUAGUCAUGUAGAUUGUGUAAGUAGGGUUUCCUCAGUGCCAGCGCCCAGCUAGCUCCCGCUGUAACCAGAGAGGUCUCUGCACUGCUCUGUCCACCUCCGCUUCGCAUUGUCACGUGUUAACUAGUUACUUGUUUCAUGAAAAAAUAAACUGUGAAUAUUUUUGGUGCAGGCUUUUUUAAAUCUGUAAAAUGGAGAAGUUCUCAGUGAAUUCUCACAAGAGCAGGUUUGAAAAAAAUCACUUCUAUAAAUCGCGGGCUCACGUAGCAGGGUGAGGCUCAUGGCAGCAGCCGCCUUUCAUGCCAGCAGGUGCUUACCCAAAAGCUUGUUUGGAGCGGUGAAUUAAACUGUUGCAUGGCAUUUCCCACAGCCUACUUUUUGCAGCUACUGUAUCCUGACUUGCUUGUCUUACUUUUCCACAAGGAUCCAGGUUUCUGGCUUGCUACCUUGUAGCUACUGUUGGAAAGUUGAGUUCAGCAUAGCUAGGAGGCUGCUUGGCAAAACUGGUGUUGAGGAACAUCAUUGAAGGAGGAAGCCAGGAGGCUGCUCUUCCCUCUUCAUCCUUGCUGGAGCCCUGGGUGAUGCUCUGUCACAUCAGGAGAGCCUUUCGGAGGGAGUAGUGGUGCUUUUGGGAGUCUCUGGGCUGUUUUGGGUCAUGUAAACAAGGUCUGACCAGCUGUAGAGAGCAGCCCUGCCUUUGUCCAGCCUGCCCUCAUCAGGGAGCAUGAGCUGGGGAACAGCUUCAGGCAGCAAAACCCUUGUGAAGGAAAUGUGGGCAUUUUCUGUACUCAAGGUGACUCACUGUGGUGGCAGCUGGCAGCACUGCCUUGGAGGAGGAGGAGAGGGACACAUCUUUGUUGAAGCAGUUGGGUUUGUUUGCUGCUGUUCGUUGCUGCCUUCAGGAUUCAGCCAGCUUGAAUCAUGGGAGAUUUUAAAAGUAGAGGGUACAGGCAAAGUAACCCAUACCCAGACUCUGUGGGAGAGACACUGCUGCAGCCUUGUGUUGGGCUCAGACCUGUGCAACAGCUCCAUGCCAAAGCUGUGAUGCUCUGUUGCUGUGUUGGAGGGCCCUAAUUGCACCCAAGGUGGGUGAGAGGUGACUCCUGUGUUGAUUCACUGGUGUGGAGCACUGUAGAAGAAUCAAGGGUGUAAUUAUCUCUGUCCCUUCCCUGGUGUCCCACAAUGGCUCACAAGAAUUUUCCAGACUUGUUCCUGGUAGGCUCCCAUUUCUGCAGGGGAUGCAGGCUCUGCUCCUGUAUGAACACUUUUCUGGUCAACAUUCCUGCUGCCAGGAUAACUGCUGCCCCUGCUCAGAGCAGUGGGCUGGGGUCAGCAGCCAGGACCUCCACCCCACCACAGGACCCAAUUUAGUGUUGGAUUUCCAGUGUGGGCAGGAGAGUCCCAGGUGCCCUUUGGUGACAGAGGAGCUCUGAUGAGGAGUAACAGCAUGGUCAGGACCGUGUGCCCCCUCAGGAUGAGGGUGCAGAGGAGGAGCCACCACAGGACCAGUGGGAUGUGUGGGCAGGAGGGGAACAGGCACAGGCCGCUGUUCUGCCUGGCUUGUCCCAUCUUCCCCAGUGCCCACUGUCAGCCAGGGCUCUGGUGAAUCUAGCAGGAGAGUUACCACUGGAAGGAAUAAUCACCUCACCUACUGCAUGUCUCCAGAUGCAAAUUAGAUCAUGGUAGCUUGCUUUAUUGCUGUUCUCUAGUUAAAUUUUUCCUAUUUAACAAAAAAAAAGCUCCACAGGUACCAGAGUCACUUCAAUACACAAAGCAUCUAGGUGGUACCAUGGGAGCACAAGUCAAUUCAGGGUUAAACCCCUGCAGGCAGAGGCUCUGAAGGUGUGGCUGGUGUUAAAAUUUGGGAGAUAAGAGAGAUGGUUGAAUGUAAAGGACAUUAAAGAACUAAGGUGAGACAGUGCAUUUGCUAGAAAAGCUUCAGCUUAGUUUCACAGGAAAAAAAAACAAGAAAGAGAAAGCAAAAGCAGCCCUAACCUUGAUGCUCUUGGCAGUGUGUUAGCCCUGAGUAUGCUGUGGGUAUGCCCUGUCUGGACACCACAGCCAGUGUUGUUUACAGGGCAGGGGGAGUUUGAGAAACCUCACACCUUCAACACCUUCUGUUUAUUUUUAAUUUCAGCCUUAACUUCUGAUUUUGCUUGAUGUUUGGAAUAACCAUAAUUGUAACCUGCUUGUAAUGUGCUUUGCCCUAAAUUACUGAUGAUGUUUUCGACCUUUGCUAGCCAGUGAGUGUUAAAGCAAAGUGGCAAAUCGUGCAGCUGCUCUGAAAGUGUGGGGAGAUGCUGUGUUUGAUCUCCCAGGCUUUGCCCACGCUAAUUACCCACCCUCCUGUGAUAGUGGUAACGCUGGUGGCAGUAUUUGCAGGGGAGGCUGCUCCUCUUGCAGCAGCACAGCUGGGCUGAUGGGUGCUUGGGGCUCCCAGGGCCUGGGACAUAGGACACUGGAGCUUGGGAACUGCUCUGCCACUUGCUUGGCUUCAGCAGGAGUCUCGCCUAUGGGGUAGCAGUGUCCUUGCUUAGCAGGAGAUGAGAGAAUGCAAGAUUCCUGCUCCAGGUCCUACAAAAAUGAUGUAAGCAAAGUUAGGUGCCAGGGGGACAGGACAGAUUGUGUGAGCUCGGGCUGGAGGAGCAGCAGUGAUGGACAGUCCCUACAGCACUGAAUCUACCUCCUAGGGAAAUCUGAGAAAUGGGUGUUGCUAUGGCCUAUUUCAAGGUAAAGUUUUAAUCAAGUUUGCCCUCGGCAAAGCCCUUGGGCUAUUGUGGUGCUAUUGUAAACCGUUGGCAGCUUAGCACAGUAGGGCUGGACUCACACGGCUCCUGGCCCGAGGGCUGGGGCUUCUUGGCCAGCUGAUCCCAUCCCCCUGGAGCUGGGGCCGGGCUUCAGCACGUGUGACUGAACCAGGACAAAGAGUGAUUCGGUUCCUUCAGUUUGUGGUGGUUUUGAGACUCAAACCAGUGUGCCACUGAGCCCCGUGGGGAGCCCGUGGAGCCAAGUGAAGCAAGCAGGCACCCGCUACUGCAUGUUCUUCGUGUCCGUUUGGUACUGAGCUGGUUUCAGUUUUUGUUUCUUUUUCUGAUGUUUCCGAGUUGUUGACUUCAAAGAACUGGGUUUUGUGUAUUUUUUUAGACACUGGGAACUUGUUAAAAGGAAAAGCAGCAAGCACUGGGAGGCUCAAGGUGGAGUGUGGCUGGAGCUGAGGGUGGCCCCGGGCCGGCAUGGGUGGGAGGUGAGAUGUGUUGGGAGCAGGCAGGAGUGGCUUUCCCUGCGAGGGGCCAUGGAAACCUUUCAGCAGUGGCACUCCCAGCCCUGCAUAUCCGUGGUGCCAAGCUCACUGCCCCACCAGCCUGCUCACCCUCGAGACACUGACUGUUGGGCACCGUGCCUCGCUUUUAAUGUCCCCUGCCACCCUCCCAGCACUGUGUGCUCUUAGCUGGGUCCUGGCUGCCAGCUAGCUGAGGGCCCUGGGGAGGGUGGCUGCUCACUGCCCAGGGACAUGGGGGGACACUCAUGGCAGCAGCGUAAGUUGUGCUGGAGCUGUGAGUGAGAGGUUUGCUUGUGGGAGGAACCUUGGUGUGAGCAGCCCCAUGCUGCCUUCCUUCUCCUCUGAAGUCUGCUGCCUACAGGGUGGCAGUGAAUGGGGGUCCCCCACAGGGUCCUGUUCUGCAGGCUCAGGUAGAGGGAAACACAUCAGGAGUCAAGGAUCCCAGCCAAGGCAGAGGCCAGGGGGGACAAGGGGGUGCUCAGCCCUGGCCAGGAGUUGUCUGUCAGUUGUAAGAAGGAAUGCCAGAGCAGGUGAGAGAAAACUACAUAUUUCCAGCAUGUAUAUUAUUUUUAGAAGAGGGAGAGGGGAGAGUCUUGGACCAUUGAUUACUUUCAUUUUGCUCCCCUUAGACUGUUGGCUGUGUAUGUGAAACUUAUAAUGAAAAGAGGGUUGCCCUGCCCAGGUGCUCCCAGAACAUGUACUGUAAUUCUUUGUAUAUAGAAGAAAAAUUACUGUAAAGUAAAGUUUAACUUUACUCUCGA